AGCCCCCUGAUCUUAAUGAACGCUAGUGUUAUCGAUAAGAUCGACCCGCAUAACGCGUCGCGCUUUCCUGCACGAUCGGAUGGCCUCCCGACAUGACACAACAGCAAAACUACGUAGGUAUCCGACCGUACAUUUUUCCCUUUUAUGGACGAUGACGAGAGUCUAUCCGUUGGCUUCGCGGUGUGCGAAGACAACCGUAAUGUUCAGUCCGACCGAUGUCGCCCGGUCACGCUUACAUGGCCUAGAGAGAUCUAGUUGUCGGAUGCAUUGCGAGACGACAGCGACUAGACGACAAGACCUUGGGGCCUAAUGCUAUGGGUACUGAUCUAAAUAUUGUCGAAUCAACUUGGUGUACGGAUGCGUAAAUUGGUACAUAUGGGUCCUAUGCGUUUGCGCGUGUAGUGAGCAUCACGCAAGGCGAACGACUCACACAACACUACACAAUGUCGCAGCAGCUUAUGCAGAGUGAGAAGAAUACCUGGGGGAAAGGACAGGUACUGGCAGCUGUUUUGGCUGGAGACGUCGCCGCUGCGACCAUUUCCGCAACAGUGAUCAGUCCUAUCUUAACAGUCAUUGACCGUUCCGUAGUUGAGAAUGCCGCCCCAGCUAAUCAGCAUCUGCUAUCUACCCUGAGAACCAACAUCCUCAACUCAGUCCGACGGCCACGGCUACUCUUCGCAACAAAGCCUUUCCUCUACAUGUGGACGCUCUAUGCAGCCACAUAUACCACCGCCAACACAGUUGAGAGCAUAGGCACCGCAAUUACAGCGGGAGCGGAUCGAAUACUCAUCAGUUCUAUCACGUUCAUUUCAACGUGUCUUGUCAACGUACCUCUAGGAGUAUGGAAAGAUGUACGCUUCGUCCAAACAUAUGGUAGAUCCGUAGAGCAAGUUAAGUUCAGCAAGAUGGUGGGAAACACGAGACCAGUGGCUUCACCUACACGGUCCACCUACCCAGCGCGAGCAACUAGUUCUUCACGAACCGUCGCCGCAACUUUUCUCUUCCGCGACGCCAUCACCAUAUUCGGAUCCAUCAGUCUACCGCCAAUGCUGAGUUCAGCUGUAUCAGCACCAGAUCCUCUUAUUCCAGAUCCUUCGACUAAGAACGCCGCAAUACAAAUCUUUACGCCAGUUCUCUCCCAGGUAGUGGCAACUCCUCUACAUCUACUGGGCUUGGACUUCUACACCAGCCCAGAAGGCAGCAAUGCGGAGCGGACGCAGAGAAUAAAAAGCGCCUUGUUACCAACGACGGCGAUAAGAUGUGCAAGAAUCAUUCCAGCUUUUGGAAUCGGUAUGGUGAUGAACACUUGGCUGAGGGAUUGCUUUCAUGAGCAGGUAAGAAGUAGCGACUCUCCUUAAUCAAGUUGGAAUAUGCGUUCUUGAUGGAUAAGGUAAUCCCACUGCGUCAUCCUGGUUUCGAUUGUGAAAAACCUCUCGAUAGUCUCGAUGGCAGACCAAUCUGGCAGCGAAUCGCCAAGAUGUUGGGGCUUUGCGGUACUGUAUUGUCUAUACUAUUCAUUCUGCCUCGAACGAAGUAUGAACGGCCCGCUCGGCCCUCUCAAUGUUCAAGUGUGCUUUGCG